AUGCUAGACCGAUAUCUCUCACGGGAAAACAGACGCGACCAGAACAGAUCUCCAGAUGACAAGAAAAUCUAUUCUCGCAAAUUUGACCUCCAUCAGUAUUUUUCCCCAGCAAGCAGAAAUACAAAAAAAUUCAUCUAUUAUGAUAAAUUGAAAGGAAUAUCCAUGAUUCAUGACGCCACAACCAUAUCCGGAGACCCGAAGACUUUGGUUGUUGCCGUACAGGGAGCUUGUCCGCAUGACGGGAGUGAUUUGGCGACGGAAUCUUCUUUGGGUAUUUUUUUUGGAGAGGACUCUUCAUUUAAUUUGUGUGAUAGGAUUGAGAGACCGGGAGGGGAGCUUCAUACUAGCGAUUUUGCGGAGCUUAUGGCGGUUUUUCGUGCUUUGGAGCUUAUUAAUGAGAGUUCAUUUUUUGAAACUUGGAGAGCUGAUGCUGAGAAUGGUCCGGCUUUCACAGUUAUAAUCAUGACGGACUCGAUAUAUGUGUACGAGUGUCUCACAGUAUUGAUUUGGCAGUGGCGCCAAAAUAAUUUCAAAGACCUCGAUGCAAUGGGUAAACCGGUGGUGAAUGGCGAGUUGAUAGAUAGGAUUGAUAAGAAUAUUUUCGAUCUCGCGGAGCGGAAUAUUUGUGUUCGCUUUUGGAGCGUUCCAUCAGAGGAUAAUGUGGAGGCUGUAGAGUUGGCAAAUCGGGCUUUGAUACCUGGAUGUUGA